AUGGAAGAUUUGUUUGGUCAAAUCGAAUGCAGAACAAAGUCGGAUUCGAUUGUGAUGAGGAUUUUGAGAUCUGCAAUGGAUGAAGCUCAUGAAAAGUUGCAGUCCGAUGAUGGACCUAUUGAGUUCUUGCAUGAGAGAUCAACAUUCUAUGAACUUGCAGCUAUCCUAGUGGAGGGUGGUUUGAGUAUUGUUGAAGAGGAGACUGACAUUCCUGAGAGCAGCUCUGAUAAAAUCCUGGCGGAUUUGAAGGACAUCCGGCACUGGCUGCAGGGCCGGAUCCAAGAUAUGAAGCACCUCAUAGUCGAGAAAGACAGGGAGUUGACGGAGAGGUUAGAGAAUGAGUUAAAGCUUCGACGUGCACUAGAACUGAAAGAUAUGGAAUUAGUUUAUCUGCAUGGGAAGCUCGAGCCUGGACGAACCAAGAACGAUGACAUCCAUUAUUUUCCAAUGAUCAAUCAGGGAGUCCAGGGUGGGCCUUCAGAAGGGGAUAUCUUUAGAUUGAAAACCUCAGUUGAUCAGCAGCUGUGUAACAUGAAACGGAAACUGGAGGAUGAGAAAGAAAGAUUGACCACUGAACGAAGGACGAGGAAGUCUCGUGUUUCUAGUCCUAAUCUCAGCUUUGAAUUCUUAGACCUGGAACGAAACGGUAGUCCUGUUUUCACAGAAGACGUAAAUCCCAAGAGUGAGUUCGCAAGGCCUGAUAAGAACAUACUGAUCAGGUGGAUGAGUUCAGAUAUCGACAUUUUGAAAGAAACUGUGGAUCUUGCGUUCGGGAGAAUGAAGAUUGCGGAGGUGCUCCUGUUGGAGAAAGAAUGGAGGUGGACUGUAGAGAAAGAUGUAGAGUUGAUUUUGGUGAAAGGCUUCAUAAGCAAUCUGCAAGGAAGUUUUGAUGUAGAACUGAGGAAGAAAGUCGGCCUCUUGAACAAUAAUUGGUUCGACUUAAUUAAUGAGAUAAGAGUCUUGUGCCAUGAACUGAAAGAUUUCUUUGCUAGAAAUGAUGUACAUGAGAAAGUGAAAGGCCCAAGUGUACCGGGAAGUUUGAAGCGAACAAGCAGUGAGCCUUUACUGGAUAUUGUUUACAUGGACAAUCUGAUUGAGGAGGAUACUGAAGUUGAAAGAAGCCACCAUGUGGCCAAAAUGAUCAAGAAUCACGAGUUGAUCAUACGUAAACAGCGCCAGGAGUGGAAUUGGCUGACAAGAGAAGUGCUCCAGAGAGAAGGGACAUCGUCUUGCACCAAGAGAGACGAGGACAAAAAUCGACUUGUGAGAAGAAUUCAAGAUGCUAUCACAAGGUUGGACAAUCUUACCAGAAGGAAGGGAAAGUUUGCUGAUCAAACAGGUGUCAGUUGCAGAAAGUGCAUUCAGAAGAAGACGGCGAUCCCAAAGUCUAAUUUAAAAAGAGCUAACAGAAGUCCGACUUCGGUUGAAAGCUUAGAAGAAGAUAUUGGAAAAGUUAAAGAAGAGAGAGACGGCUUGUGCUUUCAGAUUACUGUAAUAGAAGACACUUACCAGCUUCUUUUUCGCGGUAUGGUGAGAGAUAUCAGUACUUUUUUGCAUGCUGAGAAGACUGAAAAACUAAUGAGGAGUCGUAGUGGUCGACUCUCACUUGGUAAUUGUCCCUAUGAUCGUCAUAUAAACAGCACAGAAGAACGUGACGGGACUGUUGCUGAAUUGGAAGGCUCAAGUUCGUCUCAGAUGCUGCUGAAUUUCGUGGAGAGCACGGUAAGGGAGGAUUUAUAUGUCGUCUUUUUUCGUGAAACGGUUGAGCAGUGGAAGAAGAAUUUUGUUCAAGAGUCCAUAGGAAGCCUAUUAAAGGAGGAGAUUUACAUGGUUUUGUUCAGAGAAAUGUCUGAAGCAUGGAAGUCAGAGAAAGAUGCUUGUGCCUUUGAGAGUCUCAUCAGGGAAGAUAUCUAUGAGUUUGUCGUUAGUGAGGCUGUGAAAGAUUCGUGCGUCCGGUUAACAGAAUCAGAAUCACUAAACCAGCUUGAUUUUCAAGAACGUACCCCUCGUUCUAGGAGAUUGGAUGCUGAUCAAGAAGGCACGCCUCGUUCUAGAAGAUUGGAUGCUGAUCUAGAAGGCACUCCUCGUUCUAGGAGAUUGGAUGCUGAUAGUUUUCAAGAAGGCACGCCACGUUCCAGGACUGAUGGAGAGGAGAGCUUGAUUCAGAAGCUCGAUUCUUUGUUAAAAUGCUUGGAAGCAGAGGAAGACCUGAUGCUACAAGCGAAUUCUGAAAUAAAAGAACACAGUGUAAACAAUAGCUUAGUGAUCUUGAACUGCGAAGAGAUGGAUGAGCGGGACGCCAUUGAGUGGCUGAUAACUGAUGAUGAGAGUACGUUCGGUUCAGUGAGUGAGAAACUUGAGAGGGCUCUGCAGCAGUUAUAUACCAGCAAAGAAUUGUUGGUGGAGUUGGAACAAAGUCUUGAUGUACCCGACGACUCAAGCAUUGAACAUGAAGAAACUCGCUCGUUUCUUCAGCAAGAAGACGGUCAACUUAGCCCAUCGGCCCCAUCUGACACUGUUUUGGCAAUCGUUAUGCAAUUUCAACUAGCAGUCGGUAACGUUGAGCACAUGUUACAUGAGAAUCUAGAAAACAAAUGUUUGAGGCUGGACGUGUUGAAGCGUCAAGUCGAUACACUAACAGAACCUGUGGCUUUGAUCAGAACAAGAAAGUUUCUCUACAAGAAGGCUUUCAUUUCAAGAUGUCACAACCUGAAGUUAGCUGAAACUGAGGUCGACUUGCUUGGGGAUCAAGUGGAGUCUCUUCUCUGCCUGCUCGAGACGAUAUACACUGAACUAAGUCGAAAUGCAGCAGUCUUUUCAAGCUAUUUUCAGGUUUAUGACAUCUUGAAGUUGAUCAAGAGAGAGUUACACAAUGGGAGGUCUUGUCUUUAAAUUGACUAAUUUAUAACCAAAAAAGAUUAAGAAAAUAUCAACAUACAGACAACAGUUAGAGAAAUGUUGAGUGAUAGAUUAAUGUAAAAUUUUCAUGAAGUAAACAACUACUCCAUUUUCCUACAAGA